AUGGCUAGUUCGCCGACAUUGACGGACGGCCUACUGGCCGCCUGGCAUACAUACCGUCUACCCCUCCUCGUUGCUCUCUUCACCCUGUCCGUGGCUCUUCGUGCGUAUCGCAAAGUUCAGUGGCGAUCCAAGACCCCGACCUCCUCCUCGAUUCCGUCCUCGCCCCGCAGUGAAUCCCCAGAAAAGUCCCCAAUUCUCCCCGUGCCGACCGAGAAACAAACCCCACCAUUGAUCCCCACGAACAAUGGCAAGCUCACCCACAAUGAUCAACCUCCCAAGUCAACAUCGGGUCCCAAGCGCGUCCAGGGCAAGAAACCCGCCAAGACUGUCACCGGUCGCCGUGCGACUAGCGAGGAGAGACACCCCUUGUCCAUUCAGCCCGUUAUCUUCUUUGCAUCGUUGACGACAACGACGGAACGCUACGCCAAUGUCCUGCUGGAGGAUCUGCGUACGGUGGCACAAGAACGAGCAGAUCUGGAGAACCCCGAAAGUGGUCUGUUACCUCCGCAGAUCCACGAUAUCGCCGAAAUCGACUUUGAUGACUUCUUCGCCGCUGCUCCCAAGCCGCCGUCGACCUCCCCCGGCACUCGUUACUUGUACUGCAUCUUGAUCCCCACGUAUAACAUCGAUACGGUCCUGAACAUGUUGUUGUCUCACUUGGAUGAGAUUCAUAAUGAUUUCCGUAUCGACACUGCACCACUCUCGCAAUUGGCGGGCUACUCGGUCUUUGGCUUUGGUGACAAGGAGGAGUGGCCGACCGAGGAGGAGGGCUUCUGUUCUCAGGCGAAAGAAAUCGAUCGCUGGAUGGCGAAACUUACCGGUCGCAAGCGAGCGUAUCCAUUGGGAAUGGGUGAUGUCAAGAGUGAUGCAGAGACCUCGUUGAAAGAAUGGUCUCGUGGACUUCAGGAUACCAUUUUCGACAUUCUGGAGAGUGGCGGUCUUGGAGAGGGUGUUCCUGGCAGCGGUGACGCCGUGGAAAGUGACGAAGAAGAUUUGGAGGACUUGGAGGAUGAUGACGAGUCCAGGACCAAGAAGAAGGGUACUUCGACCAUGGUGGAUCUCGAGGAUAUCAAGAUGAAUGGAGACUCGGCUGGCCCGAUUCCUAUUGACUUUACGACCACAGGCAAGGCUGUAUCUGCAGAGCCUACCGCAAAGGAGAUGGUUCCCAAGACAUCCCCGACAUAUGCCGCUCUGACGAAGCAGGGUUAUACCAUUGUUGGCUCCCACUCUGGUGUCAAGAUCUGUCGAUGGACCAAGUCCGCGCUCCGUGGUCGUGGCUCUUGCUACAAAUACUCUUUCUACGGCAUUAAAUCUCACCUCUGCAUGGAGGCGACGCCUUCACUGUCCUGCAGUAACAAGUGUAUUUUCUGCUGGCGUCACGGUACAAACCCCGUUGGGACAACCUGGCGAUGGAAAGUCGACUCGCCCGAGUUGAUCUUUGAUGGUGUGAAAGAAGGCCACUACAAGAAGAUUAAGAUGUUAAAGGGCGUGCCUGGUGUGCGAGCUGAGCGAUUUGCCGAAGCCAUGCGAAUCAGGCAUUGCGCCCUGAGUCUGGUCGGCGAGCCUAUCUUCUACCCUCAUAUCAACCGCUUCCUGGAUAUGUUGCACGAAGAGCGCAUCUCCAGCUUUUUGGUCUGCAAUGCCCAGCAUCCCGACCAGUUGGAGGCACUGCACCGUGUGACCCAGCUCUACGUUUCCAUCGACGCUAGCAACCGCGAGAGUCUGCGAAAGAUCGAUCGUCCUCUUCAUCGUGAUUUCUGGGAGCGAUUCCAGCGGUGCUUGGAUAUCCUCCGGGAGAAGCGUCACAUCCAGAGAACCGUAUUCCGGUUGACCCUUGUAAAGGGCUUCAAUGUCGAAGAUGAAGUCAUUGGAUAUGCCAAUCUAGUUGAAAAGGCAUUGCCGGGCUUGGUCGAGAUCAAGGGUGUCACCUUCUGUGGAACCAGCACUAGCGCAGGCGCAGGCCUGACCAUGAAAAACGUGCCUUUCUACGAAGAAGUGUCUGCCUUUGUCGUCGCGCUGAACGAGGAGCUACAGCGACGCGGCCUCAAGUACGGAAUUGCUGCCGAGCACGCCCACAGCUGCUGCGUCUUGCUUGCAUCGGAGCGUUUCCAUGUGAAUGGAAAGUGGCACACUCGCAUUGAUUAUGACCGCUUCUUUGAAUUAUUGGAGAGGGAGAAGAAGGACGGAACUUCGUUCACUCCCGAGGAUUAUAUGCGUGAGACAGAAGAGUGGGCUCUUUGGGGCCGUGGUGGCUUCAAUCCCGAUGACGAACGGGUCUUCCGAAAGGGCCGUGAUGCUGAUUCUCGGGCUCGCAAAGCUCGUGAGAUUCUUGGGGCUGCCGCAGCGUUUUGA